AUUACUACCCACGGACGGCCGCUCGCGCUCACCGAGCCAAGUAUGUUUACACAGAUAGGCCUAAUAUUUCCGAGUCGCUCAUUUGACUAGCUACCCCGUACAUGUUUCCUCAUAUUGUAACAGUAUUCAAAUACUGACUUACCCAAAGCCGAGAGCAAAGGAGCUGAGUUGAAGUAGUAUCACCUAAAGAUCAAGAGUUUGGUUGGAGGAGCGCGCUCUAUGACCUUGCUCCACUGGAUCUGUCUGCGCUCGCCCUUCACCGGCAAUAUCACGCUUUAACCACGACUAUAUGAGAGACAUGGUAACUACUUCAACUGUAGUUUUUCAUUUCAUAUUUUUUAUAAAGUUGGACUCGGGGUUAAAACUUUCAGAAGUGAAAACGGCAGGCUUGUAUUCUUCUGGGCACCUCUACUGCUUUCGGGGCAAAAGGCCCAUCGGACGUCACUUCUCCUUACAACUGUCAAAUAAGGAUGUAGCCUAAUAUUUCCUCUUGUCGGGUCGGAUUACAUACUGUCAAGUUAUCCACAUUCACCUAUUUUACCAGUUCCCAGCGGUCUCAUGUCCGUGGCAGUUGACCUCCUACAUUCCUGUUGAUUCCCGAGAGCUGCUCUGAACUCCCACUGCUGCCCACCGGUCCCAGCCAUGGACCCCUACCAGGAGCCUCGACUCGGUUUCCAGCCCCCGCUUGACGAGGGCGCCCCAGACCUGGAAUGUGCCAUCUGCUUCAGCCAGUUCAACAAUGUCUUCCGCACUCCCAAGAUGCUCCAGUGCAAUCACACCUUUUGCCUGGAGUGCCUGGCCCGUAUGAAUGUCAAGUCAGCCAAGCCGGACUCCAUCCAGUGCCCAUUGUGCCGGGGCCACACACCGCUACCCGACCUGGGGUUGCCCAAGCUGACCACGGACCGAGCCGUGCUCUCUUACCUCCCCGGGGCCAUGCAGCGCGUCUACAGCAUCCGCUUCAACCGCAACAAGGGCAAGCUGCAGGUGAAGAGGACCACCGAUGCACCCCCCCCMCUGAACUCGCUGCGUUCUAUUAGUCACUCUCUGGAUGUGGGGCUGCCUAGCCCCACAGGAGGCAGCGGGGACGUAGAGGGGGGGCAGASGCGAAGGCUCGGGGCACUGCUGAGACUGUGUCGUAGACCAGGAUGCAGAGCCUCCCUCCUGUUAUCAGUGGUGAUGAUGAUGGUGGUGCUUACCUGCGUCAUCAUCUUCCUCCUCGCAUAUAAACAGCUAUAACACCUCGGAGAGAGGGCCUGAUGGACCUCGGAGAGAGACGUUACCCGGCUUCUACUAUCUACUGGAGCAGUUUUCAGUACCUUUUUUUUUUAAACAUAUWUUUUUWAAAGUGUAUCUAUUUCUUAGCAGUUGUGUAUCUGUAUGCUGAAUUUGUGUACAACUAUGACGCAUGUCGUACACGAGAACCACAUUUCCCUCUGUGGUUUUCUGUUUAUAGACAGACGGUCAUGUGAUAUAUGUCAUAAUAUAAUAGUCCUGCUGUCCUYCAGGUUUCCAUCCACAGUAAACACACUCCACGUACUUCAAUGCAAAUCAAUAGUGACUGGCUAUACAAAUGCACAGUUACCUUUUUURAGUAAGACACUGCGGUAUCACUGUGAGAAACAGUUAGGGCUAGGAGAUUGGAGAUAAUCUUGAGGUCACAGUUGUGGGGGGUGGGGAUAUCAACGUAGCAAGGGGUUGAAGAUUGAAAUGUGGAAUUAGUAUGUUUGCUUAUACCAAUUACACUUUCUUUUUUUUAUAUAUAUAUUUUUUAAAGGGAAAAAAGCCGUUUUUGUUGCAUGGAUAUUAUCCAGCUGAUAGAGACAUAGAAUCAAACAGUCAGAAUAACAAAUACAAUUGUCACAUUUUCUCCAGUUUACGCUUUCACACAUAUCAGGGUUUUAAGAUUGUCUUGUUUUAUAAUAUUUAAAAAUAAACCAUAUUUUACAUACUUUGGCUGUACAUUUGUCAAAUGUUGCUCUGGCAAAUUAUUUGCAUUUCCUAAACUUGAAAUAAAGUCGACAUGGAUUUGGUGCCCA